GGUCUAUAAAAUUAAUCAGUGGUUAAGUUACUAGAAGAGGUGGUGGUAAUAUUUCGCUGUCAGUGUCUGCGGGCGCCGUGCUGUGAAGCUGCGAACUGGCCGCUGCGCCUUUAAGCGCACCGCUCGGCAGCCGUGCCUUCCUCCAAGUGCGCUCCCAGCUCCUCACAGCGACAGAGCCGCGCAGAGAGACACAGAGAGAAAGAGCUGCUCCGUUCAGCUCCGCCACCGACACAACACCUGCAAACUCCCCUGCUUUUCUGUUUCUAAGGUCUCUGCAGGCAGUUUAACCCGCGGAGCUGUUCGCAAUUUACGCUUUACGCACACUUGCGGCAGUCAUGCUUCUGACGCACAGGUGAAGUUCUUUCUCUUUUUUCGCGACCAGCAGCUUCACCAGCGAGGAAAGUGUCGGAUACUAGAAUAGAAACCACCUCGGUUGUUUCCUUUACUUACCCGCUGUUUGUUUUAACCGCUCGGAGCUACACCGUUCAGAGAGCCAUGUCCAGGAAAAAGGCGGUGAAGGCGAAGGGAAGCUCCAAGAGCCCCAAGCCGUCUCCGUGCAGCGGGAGGAGCGGGAAGGGGCUGGCCGCCGCCGCCGCUCCGUCCGGCGGGCUGGUUUAUCCCAGCAGACCGUCCAUCAGCAACAGCGGAGAGUUUUACGACAUCGCCUUCAAGGUGAUGCUGGUUGGAGAUUCAGGUGUGGGAAAAACCUGUCUGCUGGUUCGCUUCAAAGACGGCGCCUUCUUAGCCGGGAGCUUCAUCUCCACUGUGGGCAUCGACUUCCGGAAUAAAGUUUUGAACAUUGACGCGCUGAAGGUGAAACUGCAGAUUUGGGACACGGCCGGACAGGAGCGUUUCCGCAGCGUCACACACGCCUACUACCGCGAUGCACAUGCGCUGCUCCUCCUGUACGACGUCACCAACAAACGCUCCUUCGACAACAUCAGGGCGUGGCUGACAGAGAUCCAUGAGUACGCCCAGCAGGACGUGGUGGUCAUGCUGCUGGGCAACAAGGCUGACUCCACACAUGACAGGGUGGUGAAGAGAGAGGAGGGAGAGAAACUGGCCAAGGAGUUUGGAGUGCCCUUCAUGGAGACGAGUGCUAAAUCUGGACUGAACGUGGAGCUGGCCUUCACUGCUGUGGCCAAAGAGCUGAAGCACAGGACCACGAAGGAGCCUGAUGAACCAAAGUUUCAGCUGCAGGAGUACGUUGACAAAGAAAUGAGAACCGCUGGCUGCUGCCGCUCAUAGACCCAUCGUGUGUCCGAGUGUGUAUGUGGGCUUGUGUGUGUGUGAGAGAGAAAGAGAGAGAGAGAGAGUGAGAGAGAGAGAGAGAGACAUCAGCAACAUUCCAUUAGUAAUUUCAGCGUCAGCGUGCCUGGGAAUUAUCUCCAAACCCACACUUUUAUUUUUCCAUCAGUGGCGACACGGCCAGUGUUUUCUCUCUCCCAGCCCACCUUUCCUCUGCAACUGUGAAUGUAAUAUAACUCCAAAACUUACACAUGCACACACACACACACACACACACACACAUACAUAAACGCACACAUCCGCAUACACACACACACAUACACAACCUAAAUUUCCCUUGUGUUGUGUUUCCUUGUUUGUAUCUCUGUUUUAUGGCCCAUUCAAGUAAUUCUGUGCAGUUUUCCCCACAAAUGUAUGUGAUGUACAUAUUUUAAAUGUAAUUUUAAUUUUACUCUAUGAAAGCUUUGUAGUUUGCAUCUUUGUAAAUGCCUGUCUUGUCAAAACAAAUAUGGAUAGAACAAAAAGUAGAUUCAUAUAAUUAGGGGAGCAGAUCUUGUUAAGGUAAUAAAAAUAAAUAUAUAUAUAUAUAUCUAUAAUGGAAAUAUUUUGUGCAAAUUCUGCACCGACAUUUGAGCUGUUAAAUGGCACCAUGUGCUGUUUAGAGGACCGGAGACCACGGUAAAUCAUAAAAUGUUGAUAAUAUGUGUUAUUUGUGUUGGAUAGGAUUAUGAUUUUAACGAUACAGAGAGAACAUUUCUGAAAUAUUUGUUUAAGCCCUUUGACUUUUUCCAGACAGACAAAGUCCUGUCAACUCUGAUUUAAAGGUGCAACAUGCAGCAUUUUGACUUCAAUAACUCAUUAAGACAUUCAUUUUGAGACAUUAGUGUAAUUACUGUCAGGAAAUUAGACUAGCAGUGCUACGACUGGCAGCUUCUACACUACAUUUAACAUUUUUGACCAAUGGGGUGGAUUGGGGGGAAAUCUCGAUUGCUUUAUGGCACAAAACAGGAAGAGGGCGCUGUUCCUCCAGAGGAAACAGAAGCGUUCAGAGUUCACAAAUCACACAUAUUUACCCACUAAAAGAGAAAGCAAACGCACUAAAAGAGAAAACAAACGCACCCAGAGUGAUGCCAGGGACAGGCUGCACCAGGAAGCCACAGGGCUGAUGGGAAAUGUGGUUUUCAUUUUGUGAAACACAAGCACUAACAAAACCACAGGCGUCGAUUGUGGUCUAAUUUCUUUACAGUAGUUACACCAAGCUAUCGCGAUUAGUUUGACAGUGAUAUAUCGAUGUUUAAAAAUGCUACACAUCGCACCUUUAAUUUUCUUGCCACCAGCCGGGCUGCAUUUCAGUGCAAAGAAACGAGAACACAACACGCAAAGUGCCAUACUGCCGUGUCUUUACUAUACAAGUUAAGUUCACAGAAUCUCUACCCACAUACGUGUGCAGUAGAGCGCGGACUGGGCCGCAUAUUUUUGUCCAAACCCAACAGGCAUUCUCUUUUUUGUGUCCGAACCCGACCCGAGCCUCAGUUUUUGCUCGUCCUCCAUCGCGAGGUUACAUUUACCGCCUGAAAUAGCCUACAUGUUGCCUUCAGUGUCGUCAUGUAAACUCCAGUGCUACACAGGAAGCUGCCCGGAACAGACAGUAGGUCCAUCAUUUUUCGCUGAAAUAACACAAACGUGCACCGAACACGACCCGAUUCCAAUUAAUGUGCAUGCAUUCAGAUCACAGACCGGACUACCACGAAGCCACGGAGAGACAUUGUUUUACCGAUUUCCACAACCAGGAGGAAGAAGUUUUUUAGUUGACGCUUUCUGUCGUUUCCUCCUGAGGUUCCGCAGUUCCUGCCAGGUGGUUCAGAUGUAGCUGGUUUUGAAGUCCCAUGUUUUACUUGCAUGCUUGCUGUACUGUACUACUGCUGCACUUUGGCUCCAUCCCCAAGAGGAAUUGUUUGGUAAAAUCAAAGUUUGUCUGCCCUCCCAGCCGUUGCAGGAGACAGGAAAACGGUCCGGUAACAAUUCGGCUGAGGGACGCCGCGGUUUUGCGCCGGUUUCCGGAAAGAAUCGUCUGCGAUAGUAAUGCAGAACAGUUGCAGGUUAAAUAUGUGAAAUGUCCUUUUGUGAUGGCUGCUACCUUACGAGCCGGUCAGGUUGUUGGAGUUCAGUAUUGAUGUCCAGACUCUGAAUGUUUUCCUCCAGUGAUUUCUACACAGUGCUACCAAUGUACUUCUUUUGUCAGUAGAUCUAUUGUAUCAGUGAUUGAUGAUUAAAAUUUAAUACCUCUG